AUGAAGGAGUUGGACUGGAGCAAGAAGGCCAACUUCCUAUCGAUGGAAGAUCACUGCAGGUACAUGUUUAUCGGGCAUGUCGAAGGUCGCGUAUACUCAGCAUCUCUUGAAUAUCGACAAGCCUGCAGGUCCGUCGUCGUUUCGCACAAACUGCAAUACAUUCAACACCACCAUUACCUUCUCGUGUCAUCCGGUCCGCAACAGAACUAUGUAGAAGUGGAGACAGACUUCUCUGAUCUCCCGAAACGCAUGGAUAAAUUAUUGAAGAGCCCGGAGAAGGCAGAGCAUAUAGCCAACAACAGUGUUAAAACUUUCCAAGAAUAG